AUGAAGAGAAUAAAUGAAAAAGGAAUUGGUGAUAUCAUUAAUGUCAGCGAUGUAAUGAUGAAAAGAAAUUUUGACUCAUUAUUUACAAAACCGAAAACAGAAUAUAGUCUUUAUGACGUAAUUACCGAAUUAAUGAAAAAGAUUAAUGAUAAUAAGAGUUCUGGCGGAAGAGUUGAACUUGAAAUAAAUGAGAUAGAAGAGAAAUUAGCCGAAAAAGCAGAUAAAAACCAUGUUCAUUAUAUAAGUUCAGACAAACAGAUUAUAACGGACUACCAUGGAUAUUUAACACAGGAUGAACAAAUAAGCACUGAAGAUGUUAAUGAAAGAAGAUAUAAAUACAUUCGUGCUAAAGGUUAUGACAUAAGCUGUACUGUACAGUAUGACACGGGUAAAGCACUAGAAGCAUUUGGUUAUAACGAUGAAAUAUAUGCCUCUAGUUUCUUUGUUAACGGUGUAUUAGUUGAACCAAGAUUUACUUUGAGAGUUAAGGCAAAAAUAACUUUUGAAGAUGCUAUUAAAAGUAAAGCUGACAAAGAUGAACUUGACGCAACGAACAAAGUUUUGAAAUCUCAUAAACACAAUAUCUCCGAUAUAAAUGAACUUCAAGCUACAUUAAAUAGUAAAGCUGACAAAAACCAUACACAUGAAUCCUUCACUACUGUUAGAGCAGACGACAUAAUAUUGAACUUUGACCUUGGUUCAAGUGCACCUUUAGAGAAUCCAAGCACUAGUGUAAAAGACACGCUUAACAGUUUAGAUAACAGUUGCAGGAACAUUGAAGGUCAUGCCAGAAACUUUGAAGCACAUGAACUACCAGCAAUGUUAGAUAAGAAAGCAGACAAAAACCAUACACAUAACUCCUUCUCAACUGUUGCUAUAGAAAGUAUUGAAGGAACGGUUGGCGGAACUGGUGGGAAUGCAUUAUAUUAUAAACCUCCUAACUUUCCACAAGGUUUAACAUCGAAUGAAAACAUAACAACGAAGAAAGAAAUUAGCUGUAAAAAUGUUUAUGUCAUGGAUGAUGAAAAUAAUGUUAAAUUCACUGCUCAAGAUUUAUAUGAUAAUAAAGCUGACAAGAACCAUACACAUAAAUCCUUCACUACUGUUAGAGCAGACGACAUAAUAUUGAACUUUGACCUUGGUUCAAGUGCACCUUUAGAAAAUCCAAGUACAAGCGUAAAAGAUACUCUUAACAGUUUAGAUAACAGUUGCAGGAAUAUCGAAGAUCAUGCCAGAAACUUUGAAGCACAUGAACUACCAACAAUGUUAGAUAAGAAAGCUGACAAAACAGAGCUUCAAACAUUAAAGACGGAAAUACUUCAAACAUUAUAUCCUGUUGGUUCUAUUUAUACGUCAAUGAACUCAACAAAUCCAGCAACAGUUUUAGGUUUUGGUAUGUGGAAGCAGAUUGUAGACAAAUUCCUCUAUUGUGCGAACUCUUCAAAGCAAACAGGAGGUUCGAAGAAAAUUAAAGAAGCAAACCUUCCACCGCACACUCAUACAGGAACUACAAACACAACAGGAAAUCAUUCACAUUCAAUAACAAAAAGAGGUUAUAUAAAUCUUGCAGCGGGUUCGGAUAGAUGGGGAAUGAAUAGAUAUGAUAUCACAACUGACCCAGUAGAUUCAAGCGCAGGUAUUUUCUGUGGAACCGCAGGUAAUCAUUCACACACUUUCACAACAAAUCCAACAGGCUCGGGUGAAGAUUAUAUGCCACCAUUUGUGACUGUAUUCGCAUGGUAUAGAGCUGCUUAA